UGUAAGCAGCUGCUAAGACACUAAGGCUUGUUCAACAAAUCGAAUUAGCCCAAACGCCAAGUGUCUCGAAGUCGCCAUUAAACCCAUGCCAGGCGGGAGUCGAAGUUCUCCCGGGAGAUCAAUCGACUCGGAAGCACAGCUGCAAGAAAAAUUAACCACACUAGUUAAACAGUUCUUCUGGAAGUCACACGUCGCGACAAAAACUUGCGUCAUCUCAAGCUCUAUCUGUAGCUUCCCAGACUGAUAAAGCAGACGCGAUUAUGUCCGCCCGGCGACACACGAGAGGAUGGACGCGAUGGCUCAGGUGAGUGGGAGCGUCACUCGGCCCGUCCGCGCCGCGUCUUACCCGCGUGUGCGUCCCGUACAGACGCUGGCUGUGCUGCUCCUGCUUCUGGGACCCGUGCGGACGUCCAACUCGAGCCGCUGCUACGAGGAGUGGGAGCUGAGCAAGGUGGCCGGCAGAAAGCUGGCGAGCCACUACCCGCAGCCCCCGGAGCCUCGGGGGGUGGUGGCCCACGACUCCCCCUCCGCGUGCCCCCUGGACCUCUACAUGCAUCACUGGAACCUGGAGGACCGGUCCCUGUCUCCCUGGAGAUAUGUAUGGAGAACCAUGAAGGACCACUACCCGUCCACCUAUGUUGAAGCUCAGUGUCUGUGCUCUGGAUGCAUCAUGAUCAAGAACAAGGGGACCCCUGAGCUGAGCCACGACUACAACUCGGUUCCCGUCAACCAGACCAGGGUGUUUCUGAAGCGGGAGCGCUGCAGUGAUGGGCACAAGUACUACUUGAAGCCCAUCUCUGCGGUGGUGACGGUGGGCUGCACCUGUGCCAGACCCCGCAUCUCUGUGUAAUGUCACUGCAUUGGGCACACUACAUGCAUGUUGACUGAUGGAUCCCUGGAAUGUGGACGUCACAGGCGUGGCGUCACACAUUCCAAAACAAUGCUGUUGAAAUGGGAGUUGACCUUUUUGUUUUUUGCGAUCAUUCUGUCAGACUUCUGAGGCUCAAAGUUGAACGAACCUUGAUUUAUCCUAUUUAUUUAUUUAUUUAUUUAUUUGUAGUGUUUACAGUGCUACAUUUCUUGUCCAAAACAGUUUUUUUCACGAGGAUAUUUAUCUACUGAAUUUUAAACUAAUGUUAAAAAUUCAGUAGCCCUACUCUGUACUCAUUUUAUCUGCAAGGUUUAGAUGAUUCGGAAGUGAAUGAAGAAGAUCUGACAUUGGAAGCUUGUGAAUUUAUGUAUCAAUGCUGAUAUUGUGUUGUUGUUCCAGUGGGACUUGAUCCAGUCAACAGGACUUGUACAGUUAGCUUCUUUCAAGCAAAAAUAAAGAUGACAUUUUCUUUGUGUAUUUAUUGUCAAUGCUAAUAACAUGCCUGUACAUGCAUUUAUUAACACGACUGCCACCUGUCCGCAAUACCCUCUAAAUUUGUCAUUUACUUGUAUACAAAAUGCGCUCUAUAAAUAAAUUUGCUUUGCUUUGAGAAGCUUCUACAACUUGGAGUCCACCUGAAAAGCACUAUGGUCUCAAUUAUGAAGUUUGGAACACCAGGACCCUUCCUAGAUCUGGGCGUCCGACCAAGCUGAGUAACCAGUGAAGAAGGCCCUUGGUCAGAGAUGUGAACAAAAUGUGGAAAAAGUGGUGUGAAUACUUUAU